AAGCUAUCUGAUCUUUCCCCCCUCUCUCUCAAAAUUUGAAUCUCUCUCUCUCUCUCUCUUUCUUCCAUAAACAUGGCCGAGAACCGCUUCGCCGGAAGCUUAUCCACAUCCUCGAGAUGGAGUCUCCUACCAAAAUCUAUAUCCGGAAAGAAGCCAAGCUCGAGCCUUCGAUCGUCCAAAUCUGAAAUCGAAAAUUCACCGCCUGCCGAUCCAAACAUUCGUGUUUCACGAAGAAGACAAAAACAGUCUCAGUUCGCGAAAGAAUCACUGCCUGAGUCUGAAUCUGGGAAUCUUGUCGCUUCAUCCAGUAGCCGGGAUGAAGUUUCAAAAUCUCGGGGAGGGACUACGGUUCAAAAGAUCCGCGAUGGAGUGGAAGAAGCUCCGAAUCCGCAUGUUAAGGUUGCUGUGAGGAUUAAACCUACCAAGGAAGAAAUCUGGACAGUGAGAAAGGUUUCGAAAGAUUCCUUGUCCGUGAGGGAUCGGCAAUUUUCAUUUGAUUCUGUUCUUGAUUCGAAGUUUAAUCAGGAAGACGUGUUUCAGCAAAUAGGUGUUCCUUUGGUUCGAGAUGCAUUGUCGGGUUAUAAUACAUCUGUAUUAUCAUAUGGGCAGACUGGAAGUGGGAAGACCUACACGAUGUGGGGUCCCGCAAGUGCAAUGCUGGAGGAGCCAUCACCCAGAGGCGAGCAGGGACUGGCCCCCCGAAUCUUCCAGAUGCUAUUCUCCGAGAUCCAGAGAGAGAAAGAGAAGUCUGGAGGAAAAGAAGUAAACUACCAGUGCCGUUGUUCCUUUCUCGAGAUAUACUGUGGACAAAUCAGUGAUUUGAUUGAUCAAUCACAGAGAAAUCUUGAGAUAAAGGAGGAAAAGAAUGGUAUUUAUGUUGAGAACUUGACAGAAGAAUACGUGGAUAGCUACGAGGAUGUUGCUCAAAUACUGAUGAAGGGCCUGUCAAGCAGAAAAGUUGGAACAACUAGCACCAAUUCAAAAAGUUCUCGAUCGCAUAUUAUAUUUUCUUUCAUUAUUGAGUCUUGGUGCAAGGGAGCCUCAUCCAGAUGUUUCAAUACUACGAGGACAAGCAGGAUCAACCUUGUUGACCUUGCUGGAGCAGAUAACAAUAAACUUGAUGAUGCUAGUAGUCAUUGUGUACAGGAAGUGAAGUACUUGAAGAAAUCAUUAUCCCAGCUUGGCAACAUCAUUAAUGUUCUGUCAAUGAGAGAACAUCCUGGAGUAUCUGAUGGCGCUCCUCAUAAAGUCUCAUGUUUGACACAUUUGUUGCAAGAAUCACUUGGUGGGAAUGCAAAACUUACUGUCAUAUGCAAUAUUUCUCCAAGCAACAAAAACAUAAACAGAAUGAUGAGCACGCUUCGUUUUGGACAACGAGUUAAAACCGUCGGAAACAAACCAGUGAUAAAUGAGAUCUCAGAGGAAGAUGUCAAUGAUUUGAGUGACCAGAUUCGCUUGCUAAAGGAAGAACUCAUAAGAGCCAAAUCUGAUGUUUGUCAUUCUGAUGGGAGUAAAAGUGACUAUUUUAGAGCAAGGAAAGCACGUGAAAGCUUGAACCAACUAAGUGUUAGUCUUAACCGUUCUUUGAUUUUGCCAAAAAUGGAUAAUGAGGAAGAAGAGAUAACAGUUGAUGAAGAAGAUGUGAAGGAGUUGCAUCAACAGCUCAAAAAAUUGCAUAGUUCUUUCAACGAGAAUCUAACAAAGCUACCUGUCGUUAGAGACUCCGUCAAUUCCUCUUUUGUCACUGCAUCUUGUGAGCCAGAACUAAUAGAAGAUGACGAGAUCUGUUCAGGUGAAACUGAAGCUGAAGAUGCAGAGUUGGACUUGGAAAAAUCUUUGAAGCAACGUGAAAAAGAUGCUGCAGCAACAAGUGAAACAACUGAGAAGAAAACCAGGAGUCAGGAUUCUGUGUCGGGAAAUAGCAUUUCAAUCAACCCAUGCCGUCAAUCCUUGCCUUUCCAAGAACCAACCCUAUCAGAAUCUCCUAAAAUUAAAGGCAUGCUGAGGAAAAGCAUAGCUCUUUCUCCACAGAACAUGAAGAAAUCCAUGUGUCUCGCGGAAAGUGGACACCUCAGAUCAUCUUUUUCCAGAAGCAACAUAUUUCCAAGUUCGACAGAAUCUUUAGCAGCAAGUCUGCAGAGGGGCUUGGAGAUUAUUGACAAUCACGUUAACCCUGCAUCAAACAGAUCUUCAGUUAUGUUGUCUUUUGAGAACUUGACCAUGACAGAAAAGGGUAGUACAUCACCAGCCAAGAUAUUGGAGGAAGCUAAAUCAUCAGCGGAUAGACAAUCUUUGUCAAUGGUCUGCCUCUCUUGCCGACAAAAAUUUGAAAACAACUUGAAUGAGCUUCAAGAUGGAGUAAACAAUCCAAAAGAAACGACAGAUGUGGGUACCGGUGAAGGAAUGAACGGGGUUGUGGAAAAGGGACAGGACCUUGAAAAUUUGUGUCUCGACCAAGCAGCCAAAAUUCAACAGCUAAAUCUUCUGCUUGAGCAGUACAAACAUCAGAAUGAAACAACCACCCUCAAGCAGGCAUGCAUUGGGGACCAAUCCUCACCGAACGGGAACCAGCUUCGGAAUUGGACAGAUAUUGAGGGUCACCAGCCAGAGGUCAGAAAGGAAAUAUAUGAAGUAAAGCAAGUCCAAGAAGACUCUCAAAAGACAAACUUCGAUACCAGUGAGAAGGAGGCGUUGCUUAAAGAAAUUGAAGAUCUGAAAAACGAACUGCAGUCAUGUUACACAGACAAACUAAGAUCAUCUUUGCUGUCCCGAUCUUUAGAACUCCGUGAAAGAACAGGAUUUAAGCAGAUGGCCGGGAAAGAUAUUGAGAAUGAAAGGCUUAGGUGGACAGAAAUGGAAAGCGAGUGGAUAUCAUUAACAGACGAACUCCGAGUCGACAUUGAAACUCAGCGUAUGCGUGCAGAAAAUGCUGAAGCGAAACUUAAACUAGAGAAACUCUCUGCUGAGGAGUUAGAGGAUGCACUUCGGAGGGCAGUAGUCGGCCAUGCCAGGUUUGUUGAACAUUACACAGAGCUGCAAGAGAAGUAUGAUGACCUGGCCGGAAGGCAUAAGGCAAUGUUAAUAUGGAUAACGGAGUUGAAAAACGCAAUGGCAAAGGCGGGAGAGAAAGACCGUGGGUCCCGUUAUGCCAGGUCUCUUGCGGCAGAGCUCUCAGCGCUUAGAGUGGAGAAAGAGAGGGAAAGGGAUUUGUUGAAGAACGAAAAUGUCAGCCUCAAGAUGCAGCUAAGGAAUACAGCUGAAGCUGUUCAUGCUGCCGGAGAAUUGCUCGUUAGGCUCAGAGAAGCCGAGCAUUCGGCAUCAACUGUCGAGGAUAAGUUCAAAAGUGUUAAAGAAGAAAAUGAGAAGCUGAGGAAGAAAAUGGAAAAGCUAAAGAGGAAACAUAAGAUGGAAAUGAUAACAAUGAAACAAUGCCUCAAGGAAAGCAGGUUGCCAGAAUCUGCUUUGCAGCCAUUGUACCACGAGAAUUCGACUAAUUUGGAUCAACACAUUCACAUGUAGAGCUGAAUCUGGAGCAGUUUAUUAGAAGAAGACCCUCCUCGGAUCUAAUUUGGUAUCUCUCUCUCUCUAUAUAUACACACACCAUAACUUUCCACUUGAUAAGAUUUAUAUAUUAUAUAUCCACUUGCUUCGGACAUUGUCUUCUUUUCUUCGACGAGCAUUCAUUCAAAGCCAUGCUGAUGGAAAUAAAAUGUCGGUUCCAUGGGUCAUUUGAUGGAUUCAUUUGUAAUUGAUUUGACUGAUUAUGUGCUGUCUGCAAACUUGCUCUUUUUUUCUUUUUCUUUUUUCUUUUUUUUGGAUGGAUAUUGCAAACUUGCGCAUGUCUUAAAAUACAAAAUAUUCCCAUUUUUA